AUGGCAGAGCUCAAGGUUUUUUGGAGAGCGGCAAGGGCUUUUGGAGAAUAUCUUUCACAAAACCAUCCCGAAGGUAGAAACGGCUCAGAUCACCUGCUAGCAGACUCCUACAUGGGCCAGGAGGAGUCCCCCGAGAUGCAGCAGGCAGCACAGAACAAGCGGCGCCUCUCGCUCAUCUCGGACGGCAAGUUUGAGCGGAGCUUCACCGAGGAGCAGCCGGAGAAGAUGCCGAGCGAGGGCCCCAAGCCGCGAGUCUACACCAUCUCGGGCGAGCGGCCGAUGCUGUCAGAGCACGAGAACGAGAGCGUGGAGCUGGUCGUGAUGAAGGGGGCGGCCGCGGAGGAGUGCCAGCACGGGCAGCCCGGCGGCCCUCCCGGCGCCAGCCGCCCCUGCAAGGGCUGGCCGGGCAGCCGGCAGGGCUCCAAGGAGUGCCCCGGCUGCGGCCGCCCGGCCGCCCCUGCCCAGCACUCCUUCGACCUGGAGCCGCAGCAGUGCAGCGAGCCCGCGUGGCACAGGAAGAGGCUCGAGAGGAUGUACAGCGUCGACCGCGUCUCUGAUGAUGUCCCUAUACGGACCUGGUUCCCAAAAGAGAACCUCUUCAGUUUUCAAACUGCUACCACAACUAUGCAAGCCAUCUCGGCAUUCAGGGGCUACGCAGAGAGGAAGAGACGGAAACGAGAGAAUGAUUCGGCAGCUCUUAUACAGAGGAAUUUUCGGAAGCAUCUCCGCAUGGUGGGGAGCCGAAGGGUUAAAGCACAAACAUUUGCCGAACGGCGUGAGAGGAGCUUCAGCAGGUCCUGGAGUGACCCGACUCCCAUCAAAGCUGAUUCCUUCCAUGACUCUCGAGAAAGCCAUGACCUUCAGGAUUCUUGUGGCACUUUGGAUGGUGACUUUGACUUGAACUGGGAAGCAGAAAAGGAGAUUGAAGCCAUGGCGUGUGACGGAGAAGACUUUAUUCCACCAAAAAUAAUGCUCAUUUCUUCCAAGGUGCCCAAAGCUGAAUAUGUCCCAACGAUUAUCCGCAGGGACGACCCUUCCAUCAUCCCCAUUCUCUAUGACCAUGAACAUGCCACCUUCGAUGACAUCCUAGAGGAAAUAGAGAAGAAACUUAACAUUUAUCGGAAAGGCUGCAGGAUCUGGAAGAUGCUAAUAUUUUGCCAGGGUGGUCCUGGUCACUUAUACUUGUUAAAGAACAAAGUUGCCACCUUCGCCAAAGUGGAGAAGGAGGAAGAUAUGAUCCUCUUCUGGAAGAGGUUGAGCCGGCUAAUGAGUAAAGUCAAUCCUGAACCAAAUAUCAUUCACAUCAUGGGCUGCUAUGUUCUUGGAAACCCCAAUGGGGAGAAGCUAUUUCAGAAUCUGAAAAACUUAAUGAAUCCUUACAGGGUUGCCUUUGAGUCUCCACUUGAACUAUCAGCUCAAGGUAAGCAAAUGAUUGAGACUUACUUUGACUUCCGCCUUUACCGCCUCUGGAAGACCCGCCAGCACUCUAAGCUAUUGGAUUACGAUGACAUUUUAUGAGCUGGAGAAGACUUUGCUGAGGAGAAGUUGAUCACCGGUGUCCAAGAAGUCGUGCUUACCGCAGAGAGACUUUUUUAUUGGCACAGGGAGCCCUUCAAAGCCCUAGGGGAGGCAGCAGUGCUAGAGGAGGGGAAGAAGGAGCCCUCAGAGGUGUAUGCGGAGGAAAGUCUCCUGAGUCGAGAGAGACUGGAGGGAAAGGCUUUGGCGCCUCGCUCGCCUCGGGCAGAGCUGCGGUGGCGCCGGAGGCGCUGCGUGAAGCGAGGACAGGAUGGAGUUCCUUGCAGAACUGAGCUGUUUUGGGUCACAAUGGGCCAGAUUUGAUUCCAGGUCCUUUUAAAGACUUUUGAAGCUCAGGUUUUCUUACAAAAAAAAAAAAAAAAAAAUUACCCAUGCACUACAGUAAAGAAGUGACCAGAGCACAGAGGAAGGAGAGGUUUGUACUGAUGGGACCUGCUGUGCUGGGGAUCUUGGAGAGCAAGGACUGCUACACCUACUCCUGCAACCUUAGAGCGAAACGAUCCAGUUCCAAUGUGAAUAUAUACUGGAAUAUAGAAUUGACAUUUAACUCUUCAUUUUGUUUAAUAGAAAAUAAGUGCAAUUUUUAUAGAGAGAGGGAUAAAAACCCUCCCAAUAAUUUAAUUAGUUAAAAAUAACACAUCAGUAACCAAUAGAUAUUUUUGGUCUGCUUGAAAAUAUAUUCAAAAUGGUAAUAUAUCUUCUGUAGACAUAUUUAAUCACCAGCAAACAUGGUUUUAACGUAACUUAGCAGACGCUGCAUGUCUGCUGCAUUGAUGAAGCCAGUUUGGUUUGGUACUUUCAGAGUAGCUGUGUUGCACUGAUUGUAUGUGCUCUCACGAAUGUAUAUUUCUCCUCCAAUUAGACACAACUUUGUUACUCUUUUGCUGCUUGCAAAACUAUACGCCACUAGUUUUGCCGGAGUCCUUUUAGGUUAGAAAUACAGUGACGUGGCUGCGAACUCGGUGAGGUUUGGUGCGGUGUAAAGGCGAAGGAGAAGGGAAUGCCCGGGGUCCCACACGGCCGCGCAGCGCUUGGCCGCAAGGUGGGACACGGGGCCGGGGCCCGUGGGCGUCCGGAUGCGCCGUGUCCCGGCAGCCGCGGGAAGCGGCGCUGCUCCAGAUGCAGCAGCCGGCAGUUUUCCCUGUGCUUUGUGCAUCCGCCACCUCCUUCCCCCUGCUCGAGGGGAGCUGUUUGUGGAGGCCGGCUGCCGCCCUGCGCAUCCCGCCCCACGCAGCACAGAGUAGCCCGGGGCUUUGUGAGAGCAGCUGUGGCUUGAGAACCCGGGCUUGUUGUUAAUAUUUGAGGGUGCAUCGGGGAGUAAUUCACGUUUCCUUUGCUGGAGCGGGUGGGUUUUGCUGCUCUUUGGGAGGCUCUGUAGUCUUCAGCGCGCCUGCUCAGAGGAUCGACGUUCCUUAAAGUCUGCCCAAGUCACCUGCCCAUUCUGGGGGUCACCGAUUCUCUGGAGAAGACGGGGAAAGGUGACCUUGUUUUCCUGACCUCCCACCAUCUAAAACAGUUGUUUGUGAAGUGAAAGCAAAAACACGUACAAAUCUUUUAAAUAUUUAGCAAAAAGAACUACUUGUUCUGAUCUGCAGAGGACUCCUUCCCUCCGCGCCGUGUCUGUGGUUGUCACUGUGGGGAGCAGCCCCCCGGCCGGACCUGCUGCACCCUCUGCGUUUCUGGUAGUCAUAUGAGCUUCUGAAGGGACGGUGGACAUAGAGCACGGAGGAGAGGACGGGGUGGAGGCGGCUGGUUGAAAUGGGCGUGUGGAAGGCGUGGGGUCGGAGCUGCUCUGCUGUCCCGGAGCCUCCGCGCGGCGGCCUCGUCCCGCAUGGACUCGGAGUCGUGUUUUGCAGGCAGCGAAGAGGAGAGCACACACGGGCAGGCUCCUGGAGAAGACCUCAAAAAGCCACCACUAGCAGAAAAGCGACGUCGGUCGGCUCUGCCUUAGCAUGGGUGGCUUCUGCCAGCUGUAUAUCCUUGAGAGGUGGGAGCCGGAGCUGCUGGCAAAGCAGAAAGACACGUUUUUGAGAGAAGAUGAUGAUGGUGGCAGGAUGAAAGCGCUGACACAAACCUCUCCCUUUCUGCCCCUUUCACCUCCCGUGUUUAUGCUCCAACCAGAGAAAGACAAACUGCUUUUCCUCUCUCCUUCCUGAAAUCGAAUCCCAAUUUAGUGAACUUGGUAGCAUGAAUGUAGCAUUGUGGAACUCAUAUAUAACUCUGAAAGGGCCCGUUUGUGUAUCCUCUUGGGUGAUUUACCUGUAGAACUGCUGUAUAUCUGUUAUUCUUGAGCGCCUGUAGAGCUAGGGUUGCAAAGUAGCGAGGUAGCUUGUACGGCUGCAGAUCUUGUGUAGGAAGAUGCUGGAAUGAACCUCACGGACUGUUCUGCCGGUGCAGUUGAUUAUAGUAGAGUGUUAAUGCUGAAUGGUGAAAAUACAUUUCUCUUGUUUCCAAAGAUCUGUAUCCCACAUGGCUUGUGAUGUUAGGA